UAGAAGUAGAACAAGCAGUAGAACGAGAAAAGGGGAGAAAAAGCACAGAGAAAAAAAGUUUGUAGAAGAUUGGAGGGAAUGAAACCACGAAACAAAUUAAGCGGUUAAAUUAAGCGAAAAAUAAUCUCAGAAUCGCGUUUUAAUCGAGAUUCCACGUUUGGUAGAAGUUGAAGUUGAUGAUCCUAUUCCAAUUCCAAUAACCGUCACCAUGCCUAAAAUGAAGCAACUCCUUCGAAAGCUUCAUAUCGGUGGUGGCGCUCCUACUUCUCCAAUCAACAAUCACAAUACAAUCGCAAACGCAAACGCAAACGCAAACGUAGCAUUGCCACUUUCUCACUCCGAUUCUCUCACUACAACUCCUUCUCCUUCGCCAUCUCCUUCUCCGUCUCCGACGGUUGUUCAGAAUCCGCGAAACGACGGCGCCGGUGUGAACGACUUUAAUCUGUUACAGGAAGAAGAGUUUCAGGUUCAAUUAGCGCUUGCGAUUAGUGCUUCUGAUUCCGAUCCGAAGGAUGUUGAUGAAUCUGCUCAGAUCGAUGCUGCUAAACAGAUCAGCCUUGGCUAUUCUGCUUCUCUUACGGAUACUCCUGCACUUGUUCAGUUUCAAUCGCUUCGUUAUUGGAAUUAUAAUGUCAUUGCUUAUGAUGAGAAAGUGAUGGAUGGGUUUUAUGAUGUCUAUGGGAUCGAUGCAAGUUUAAUUGAACGUGGAAAGAUGCCAUUGUUGGUGGAUCUGAAAACUGUGCCCACCUCACGAAAUGUUGAUUAUGAAGUAAUCUCGGUGAACCGUGUUGUUGAUGUCGAGCUAAGUCAGCUUGAGGAAAAAGCCCGUGCCUUGUUUGAAGAGUGUUCUGUUACCGAACUAGGACUGUUUUUGAGUGGCUUAAUCCAGAAACUUGCUGAUGUUGUUGUUAAUAGAAUGGGUGGACCAGUUGGUAGUGCUGAUAAUAUCAUGACAAAGUGGGCUAUGAGGAGCCGUGAAUUGCGAGAUUCUUUAAGAACUGUCGUCCUUCCUCUUGGCUGUCUAGAUGUUGGACUUUCACGUCACCGAGCCCUACUUUUUAAGGUACUUGCUGAUAGGAUUAAUAUUCCCUGCAUGCUUGUAAAAGGGAGCUAUUACACAGGAACCGAUGAUGGGGCUGUGAAUUUGAUUAAAGCUGACGAUGGAAGUGAAUACAUUAUUGAUAUGAUGGGUGCUCCUGGUACUCUUAUUCCUGCUGAGGUGCCCAGCAGUCAGAUCCAAAACUAUGGUUUUGCUGGUAGGGAUUUUGCAGAGAUUGCAGGACAACAUAACAACUUAUAUCCAAUGCUUGGUGAUGAAACUGAUGUGCUGGGGGUAUUGUCUGAUUGUACCGUAGGGAGGGUCCAGACAAAAGAAUUAAUAAAAAUUGGAAGUCAAACAAAACCAGAUGAAAUAAAUCAUGCUAAGGUAAAUGAAGCAGGGAGAUUUAAGCAUACAGAUGCGUAUGGAUCCUCAUCACAUCCAGAGUCAUCACAUGCAGAAAACAUGCAUGUAAAAAAUGUGUCACAGUAUGUUCUCAGUGCCGCAAAGAACCCAGAGUUUGCCUCAAAACUGCACACUAUUCUUUUAGAAAGUGGUGCAUCACCUCCUUCUGAUCUUUUUUCAGAUAUGAAUUCCCGACAUGGGGGUUUAGAUACUGUUCAAGCUGACCAAAAUAGGCUGUUAUUAAGUUAUGACAAGUCUCUCUUACUCCCUCAAGGAGUGGGCUCUGCUGGUAAUACUAGGUUAUGUCAAGCAGUGGCCGAACAGCAAAAAGAAUUACACACUGAUGCCAUUGAAUUUUAUGAUUCUUUGCAAAGUAGUUGUACAAGGAAUGCUUUUGCAACUGUUUCCGGUAAAGAUAGCGAUAUUGAGCAGUCUAAUCCAUUAAUUGUUGACUUUGCUUGUCUUAAUACACACAAGACAUGUAAAGAAAAGUGUCCGGAGUCUUCCUUGCCCAAGACAGUCCUUUCUUGCAAAAGGCAUAAUGGUGUUGAAUGUUUUUGUGAUGAUGAUGAAAGUGGUCCUAGAAAUGAGGCUGGAGCUUCUUCGAAUAACAUUGAACUUGGGAAUGAUUCAGUCAUUCAAAUAAACGAGACGGUCAUUGGAGAUUGUGUCCUAUAUGAUGACGAUAAAACCAAGAAAGUUCACCCAAUACUUGGUGAAGACACACAAUGGGAAAUUCAAUGGGAGGAUCUUGUCGUUGGCGAGCGUAUUGGUAUUGGUUCUUACGGUGAAGUUUACCGUGCUGAUUGCAAUGGCACUGAAGUUGCUGUAAAGAAGUUUCUAGACCAAGACGUCUCUGGCGAUGCACUAGAUCAGUUCAAAUCGGAAAUUGAGAUUAUGCUAAGGCUGCGGCAUCCUAAUGUUGUGCUCUUCAUGGGAGCAAUUACUCGUCCUCCUCAUUUCUCUAUCUUGACAGAGUUUCUUCCUAGAGGCAGUUUAUAUAGGAUAUUGCAUCGUCCCAAUCUUGUACUUGAUGAGAAGAGGCGGUUGCGUAUGGCUCUUGAUGUGGCUAAGGGAAUGAAUUACUUGCACACCAGCCAUCCUCCCGUUGUCCAUCGAGAUUUAAAGACUCCAAACCUUCUUGUUGACAGAAAUUGGGUUGUAAAGGUCUGUGAUUUUGGUCUGUCACGCAUGAAGCACCAUACAUAUUUGUCAUCGAAGUCAUGUGCUGGAACGCCUGAGUGGAUGGCGCCAGAAGUUUUACGCAACGAGCCUGCCAAUGAGAAGUGUGAUGUAUAUAGUUUUGGUGUGAUCUUGUGGGAGUUAACUACCACGAAAAUCCCAUGGCAUGGCAUGAACCCAAUGCAGGUUGUUGGAGCUGUUGGAUUUCAAAAUAAACGUCUUGAGAUUCCAGAAGAAAUGGAUCCCGGAGUAGCUCAAAUAAUACGUGAUUGCUGGCAAACGGAGCCACACUUGCGGCCAUCCUUCUCACAGCUGAUGUCUCGUCUUUACCGUCUUCGCCAAUUGGUUGCCCGUAAAACGGGCUCUACACAUUAAAUAUUGUCCAUAACAUAUCUCUAUUGUAAUAAUACCAGAAGUUGUUCCUUGGUUCAAAGAACCAGAGCAGCUGAAGGUAUGUUUUAUAUCACGUCAUAUUGAAGUGUCGGUUCAUUCAUGUUGGGACUGGACACAACCGGUUCAUAAAUGAACAUGGUCCCUCCCCAAUAUCUGCGUAAGUGCAGCAGAGGUUUAUUUAGAGUAGGGUAAAAAGAGAAGAAAACAAACGGAAAAAAAAAGUUACAAAAUUAUUCUUUGCCUGCAGAGGUCAUAUUUGGAAUUGUAAACAUGCUAUCUCUGAUGUUAUCUGGUUAAGUGUAAAAAGAAAAAGAACAGAAACAGAAAUGAGAAAGAAAAAAAAAGUAUCAACAUUUGUGUCACUCAA